AUGAGCCUCCACUCAGGUAACGGUAACGCUAAUUUCCAUUCCUUUUAUGUUGGUGACAACAAUAACGUCUACCUCGAUCCUUAUGAUAAUGGAACUGAAGCGGCCAAAUUUACUUUAGCAGAUACUUAUUUACUCCAUGAAAGAUUUUCUGCUCACCUUGGCGAUAACGGUGCGUUAUACUUUCAACGUAAUGAUGAGGGUUCCAUUCUUGGAUUUGAUUUUAGAGAACGCAUUGCUUCUGGCUAUGCUCUAGAACUUCAUGGACAAAACCCCGUAGCUUGUCCUAUCGAAGAAAAUUCCUCUGUUUACUCUGUCUUUUUUGGGAAAGAAAAUGGUAAUAGCAAGUGUAUUGGCUUUACAGCCCUUGCAAUUCCAAAUAAUCCUGUUUCUUCUUCUUCUUCUUCUUCUUCUUCUUCUACUGCGGCCCCUUCCAAUGCUGCUAAAAUAUAA